AUGUCAGUGUCAAGUUUCUUGUCAUCGUUUGCCGAUAAGGCACAGAGUGCCAUCAAUCAGACCCCUCUCGCUGGCCAUAUCCCCGGCACCACCGCCGACCAACCAUCUGCCAAUCAAUCCGCAGCUCAGGGCGGCCAUCGUUCAGUGACUUUGGAGGCACUGCAGCAUCAAUUUCGCACAAUUGGACAACAAUAUACCACCACCACACCAGUGCAAAGAAUCAUCACAUCUGAAAAGGGUGUUGCAAUCGAUUGCGAUGCCCUUGCUAGGGAUGCGAAGGUGCAAAGCAAGGAAUUGUACACAUGGGGUCAGACACAGCCAGAAGAUCUUAAGGAUGUAACGGACAGAUUGGCGUACUUGAACUUUGUUCAGGGAUCUCUUGCAUCAUCUGUUGCGAUCAAGCUCAACAAUGCACGAGCGCCGUUCAAAGCUCUUCGCGAUGCCGAGGCUGUCCUUGGUCCAAAGCGCAACUUCCGUGCUGGAUUGCGCACCCAGAUUUCUCGUAUGGAGCAUAAUCUGGAGAAGGGCAUGGAGCAGAAGCUUUCUGAACUAAAACAGACACUCGCCAAGGCUGAACAUGUCGACGAGCCCCUCGAAAAGGAACAUGAGAUCUUGAAGCGAAAGGCAGUUCGUGAGAGCGAAUCGCAAAAGUGGGACGCUAUACGCGAGUUUGGAGAAAAACUAGUCAUAUUAUCACAGGCUUCCAAGCCCAUUAUUGCCGCCUUGCCACCAAUUCCGCCUUCACCUUCAAGUCCUUAUACAGGAACUCAGGAAACAGCCACUGCUCGCGCUGCGCUUCAGAACGCACUGGAUAAUUAUACUCCCGGGAGUACAUACUUUGCCACACACCCCGGUGCAAAUCUUUCACGGGCUAACACCCAAUCAUUUGGGGAGAGUCACGCUUCGGAACUGGACAGUCUUGCAUCCAACCCUGAAGCAAACGCUGGUCAUCCAGGUGUGCCCAUCACACCUCCACCUCAAGACGCAGAAAAGUUCGGAGACGCGUCGCACUCUCCUCCUCCUAUUGACCCGAGGACACUCAAUCUAUCUCCUGCACCAAUUCCGGAGGAUCACUCGCUUCCUCCCAUCGCAAUCCCGGUAGAUGCACCUACGGUGGCUGAAACUGGUGUUCCCGUACUUGCGAGUGCAUCUGGUCCAGGCCCUGCUAGCGGCUCUCUUCGUGACAUACGCCGUGCCUCAGAUGCUGCGGGACCACGCAGUGGUGGUCUCCCGGGAAACUCACCAUUUGAUGAUCUAUAUGGACAGCCACACGAGACCGCAGCAGAAGAGAAGAGUCGCCUUGAGCGCGAGGAACGCGAGCGGGUAUCCGCAGCGGGGACAUCCUCUACUUCUGAACAUGAGUCUGCCGAGGAGGAGAAGAAAAGACUUGAACGGGAAGAGAGAGAACGUGUUCUUGCUAGCGCUGGCACUGACAGCGGAAAUGUACGCAGCGAGGUCAAAGAUGGUGAUGAGCUUCCCCCAUACCAGGACAUUGAAUAA